AAGAAUACGCAGCGGAAGCUCGUCACAAGAGCUUCCUGGGUCAGAGCCGGUAAGAUGGCGGCGGACACGCAGGUGCAGGAGAGUCUGAAGAGAUUUGCAGCAAAAGUCACAACAGCCAGCGUAAAAGAACGUAGACUUAUCCUCAGUGAGCUGAAAAGUUGUAUCUCAGCAAAAGACCUCCCGGAGAUUGCCGUUAAAGGACUCUGCAAGUUAUUUUGUCUCACUUUGCAUCGUUACCGAGAUGCAGCCUCCCGCAGAGCUCUGCAGUCUGUUCUCCAGCAGCUGGUUGAAUCCCAUCCCGAUGUUACUGCAAAGAAUCUGUUGCAGUCCCUUCAGUCCUAUGGAGUGGGAAAUAAGGCGGUGGAGCCAAGUAAGAGCAGUGGUUCAGCAGCAGCAUUAGCCUUAUCUUGGACGUGUGUCAUUGCCAAAGUUGUGUUUGCUGCACAAGAUAAACAACAAGGAGAAACAUGGAAGAAGCUGGUGGAGUGUCAGUCGUUUCUCCUCAUGGAGAUAUUGGGAGGCUCACACAGACAUGCUGUGAAGGGUUCGGCAAAGAAGAUGAACACUUUGUGGAAGGAGAAUCCUAGCCUUGUUGAGCGAUAUCUGGAAACGAUAUUCACAUUGGAGUUAAACCAGAAUUUUGCUGGUAUACUUGGCAUUGCUGUGCAAUUCUGCACCAAACACAAAGAAGUGGAAGUUCUUAAUAAAUAUAGGAACAACCUUCUAGAUUUCUACGUAAAGGCAGUUCUCAUGAGUAAAGCAAAGCCUCAGAAAUACAUUCUGGAGAGCUGUACCCCGCUGCUUCAACAUGUCACACAUUCUGAGUUUAAAGAUCAGAUCUUACCUGUGUUGCAAAAGUCUCUUCUCCGAAGUCCAGAAAAUGUAAUUGAAACCAUUUCUUCACUGUUUGCUUCUGUGACACUUGACCUCAGCCAAUAUGCUGUCGACCUUGGGAAGGGCCUUGCUGGUCAGUUAAAAUCAAACAAUUCCAACUUGAUGGAUGGGGCUGUAGUUGCUUUACAGAACUUGGCACAUCAGUGUAGUGACCCAGCUGCGGUUGAGGCCCUUGGAAGACACUUAUUUGCUAUCUUGGGAGGUUCAGAGGGAAAACUGACAGCUGUAGGUCAGAAGAUAAGCAUCCUCUCAGGCAUUGGGAGCCUCAGUCACCAUGUGGCCACUGGAGCUUCCAGCCAGGAACUCAGCCGGAUAAUUUCAGAGCUGUUCAUUCCUUUUCUUCAGCAGGAAGUUCACGAAGGAACACUGAUCCAUGCAGUAUCGGUGCUUGUUUUAUGGUGUCAAAGAUUUACUACUGAGGUCCCCAAGAAGCUAAUAGAAUGGUUUCAGAAAGCGUUUGGCCUCAAAUCCAGCACAUCUGGAGUGAGACAUUCAUACUUGCAAUGCAUGCUAGCUUCUUUCAAAGGCGAUACUUUGCUUCAAGCUUUAGCGUUCUUACCCAUGCUCAUUCAGACCGUAGAGAAAGCCGCCUCACAGACUUCUCAGAUAUUUAUGUUGGCAGAAGCACUGCCCGCCGCUGUCCUGAUAUGUAAAAUUUCAGUGGCUGAGCCCCAAACUGAGGCCAAACUAAAUGUCUUCUGGCAAUUGCUAUCUGAUGAGAAAAAACAGAUAUUUACCUCUGAGAAAUUCCUUUCCUCUGCAUCAGAAGACUCUCUCUGCAUAUUGUUGCAGCUGAUUGAAAGGCUCCUUGUUGAUCACAUUAAUAGACUCCCUGACAACAAAGCCCACCCCUAUUACCAUGCACUGGUCAGCAUCCUACUGAAUCGCUCAUGGAAAGUACGCAAGCAAGCACAUCAAACGGUCAAGAAGCUGCUGGUAUCCCUCGGUGGGUCAAAGAUGGUGUUUGGCCUCCUGUCAGAGCUAAAAGUUGUCCUGAAUUCAAGUAAACAGGUGAUGAUCCCAUCAGAUACUCCAGUUACAGAGUCUGAAGAAGCGACGGAAUCUGGAAAGUCUUAUCUGUCUCCAAGAAUCAUUAAGGAAGCGCUUUAUGUGCUCACUUGUGAAACAGGGCUGGAAGCAGAUUGUGUGGAAAAAUUGGCUGAAAUGUUAUUACUUCUGGCAAAUCAUCCCUCUGUUGCGUCUGUUUACCCUGACCUUUGGGUGGACCUUCUGCACAAGAUGAAGAUUGAUCCUGCUGAGUUUGUGAACAAACGUUUUGAUGAAGUUCUUCCUAUUAUCACUUCUCAUACUGCAGAUCAGGCUGCUCUGAAUGCCGCUGGCUUACUGGCUCGUAUUUCUCCUGGUAAAGUUCUCCCCAGGCUGGUGGGAAUCAUCACGGAAUCCCUGCAAAAUCCAGCCCUGUGUCAGGUGACACGCGAAGAGUAUGCCAUAAUGCAGACUCCCGAAGGGGAGCUGUACGAUCAAUCUAUCAUACAAAGUGCUCAACAAGAUAGCACAAAGAAAGCCAACAUGAAAAGAGAGAAUAAGGCAUAUUCUUUCAAGGAGCAGAUAAUUGAACUAGAACUAAAAGAGGAAAUAAAGAAGAAGAAGGGGAUAAAGGAAGAGUUGCAGCUAACAAGCAAACAGAAAGAACUGUUACAGGCCCAAAUGGAGAAAGAGAGCCAGAUUCGAAAGAGGCUUUUGGAGUUGGACGUGGACCUGGACUAUACUGUUAAGCUGCUGUGUUGCAUCGUACAACAGAACCCUCCUAGUCUGUCUCAUCACCUUCCUUCCCUGACCAGCAGCUUUCUGCCUCUGUUAAAGUCUCCUCUGGCUGCACCUCGCAUCCAUGGACUCUUUGUGGCAUUGGCUGCAUGUGUCCUGCCAGCACAUUUGAAAACAUUUGGAACGUUGGUCGGUCAUAUAACCCUCCGCUUGUGGAAUCCGGAAUGUAACCUGGAUGCCGCGUGGUGUCAGGAAGAAUUACCAGUUGCUGUAAAGAGAGCUGUGAAUUUGUUGCAUUCAUUUACAGUCCUCAAGCGCAAAGGUGACCCAGGGGUUUCUCCAUUAUCUGCACCAGCAUUCUCCUAUAUCUUCCCACUUUUGAAGAUGGUUCUGCUGGGAACGACUAAUGAUAAUGAGGAGAAAGAAGAACUUCUGGCCCAGGCUUUACAGAUCCUCACCGUUCAUUCACAGCUGCGAUCUUCAUUGAAACAAACCGAACUUCUUGAUGAGAAUGGUCCAGAGUUGUUACCUCGCACAGAUAUGCUUCUCCUCCUAACAAGGGUAAUAGGCACAGCCUCUCCCCGAUUACAAGUUCUGGCUUCCAAUACGCUGACUACACUGUGUACAAGCUGUGGCGGUGGGGAAGGAUGUACCUAUGCGGAGCAGGAAGAAAUAGAUGUUUUGCUGCAAGCUCUGCAAUCUUCCUGCUCAAACGUGCGAGACGCUGCUCUCCGGGGACUGAUAGAGCUUGAGAUGGUUUUACCAACUCCAGACAGCGAUGAGAAGAAUGGGUUCAAGUUGUUGCACAGACUCUGGGUGGUAAGGUUCGAUAUUGAGGAAGAAAUUAAAAGGCAAGGUGAAAGGUUUUGGGAGACCAUGGGCCUGGAGUUGCAGCCAGAGCUCUGCUCCUUGCUGAUUGAUGAUGUUAUUCACCAUGAAGAGGCUGUGAGACAGGCUGGAGCAGAAGCUUUGUCCCAUGCCGUGGCAGAGUAUCGUGGCCAAGCCACUGAAGUCAUGAAGAAACUAGUUAACAUUUAUCAUGAGAAACUCUAUAGGCCACCACCAGUUCUCGAUGCAUUGGGUCGUGUUAUAUCAGAGUCUCCACCUGAUCAGUUUGAAGCAAGGUGUGGUAUAGCUCUGGCAUUGAAUAAACUGGCUCAGUAUCUAGACAGUGAGCGAGUUAAACCUCUCUUUCAGUUCUUCGUUCCUGAUGCUCUUAAUGAUCGUCAUCCAGAUGUCAGAAAAUGUAUGUUGGACGCUGCUUUGUCUGCACUGAAUACUCAUGGAAAGGAAUGUGUAAAUUCUUUAUUACCGGUGUUUGAAGAUUUUUUGAAGGACGCUCCAAACGAUGCCAGUUAUGAUACAGUGAGGCAAAGUGUUGUCAUUCUUAUGGGCUCCUUGGCAAAACACUUGGAUAAGAGUGAUCCUAAGGUUAAACCCAUCGUUGCCAAACUCAUAGCAGCCCUCUCCACUCCAUCACAACAGGUUCAGGAAUCUGUUGCCGGUUGCCUGUCACCUCUUGUGCCAGCCAUCAAAGAGGAUGCUGGCGGAAUGAUUCAGAAGCUGAUGACCCUUCUUCUGGACUCUGACAAAUACGCAGAGCGUAAAGGUGCAGCCUAUGGGUUGGCUGGACUGGUGAAAGGGUUGGGUAUUCUUUCCCUUAAGCAGCAGGAGAUGAUGAGCACUCUCACCGAUGCCAUACAAGAUAAAAAGAACUUCCGCCGUAGAGAGGGGGCAUUAUUUGCAUUUGAGAUGCUCUGUAGCAUGCUUGGAAAACUGUUUGAACCGUAUGUUGUCCACGUGUUGCCACACCUUCUACUAUGUUUUGGAGAUGGGAAUCAAUAUGUACGAGAGGCGGCAGAUGAAUGUGCCAAGGCAGUUAUGAGUAAUUUGAGUGCCCACGGUGUGAAGCUUGUUCUGCCGUCAUUGCUGGUGGCACUUGAGGAGGAAUCCUGGAGAACCAAAGCUGGAUCAGUGGAAUUGCUGGGAGCCAUGGCUUACUGUGCACCGAAGCAGCUGUCAUCUUGCCUCCCCAACAUUGUGCCCAAGCUCACUGAAGUGCUGACAGACUCCCAUGUCAAGGUUCAAAAGGCUGGUCAGCAGGCACUGCGUCAAAUUGGUUCUGUCAUUCGCAACCCAGAGAUUCAAGCAAUAUCUCCCAUAUUGCUGGAUGCGCUCACAGAUCCUUCAAGAAUGACACAGAAAUGUCUGCAGACCCUACUAGACACAAAGUUUGUGCAUUUCAUUGACGCCCCCUCAUUAGCCUUAAUCAUGCCUAUCGUGCAAAGAGCCUUCCAAGACCGCUCCACUGAUACCAGGAAAAUGGCUGCUCAGAUCAUUGGGAACAUGUACUCCUUAACAGAUCAGAAGGAUCUGGCUCCUUAUCUUCCAAGUGUUGUCCCUGGACUUAAAGCUUCUCUGAUAGACCCUGUUCCUGAAGUACGUACUGUAUCAGCGAAGGCAUUAGGAGCCAUGGUGAAGGGAACAGGGGAGUCGUGCUUCCAGGACUUGUUGCCAUGGCUUAUGGACACUUUGGCGUCUGACUACAGCUCUGUUGAUCGCUCUGGUGCUGCCCAAGGUCUCUCUGAAGUAAUGGCUGGAUUAGGAGUUGAGAAACUGGAUAAACUCAUGCCAGAAAUUGUAGCAACAGCAAGUAAAGCAGAUAUUGCUCCUCACGUCCGUGACGGUUACAUAAUGAUGUUUAUUUAUCUGCCGAUUACCUUUGGUGAGAAAUUCACACCGUACGUCGGGCCCAUUAUUCCCUGCAUUCUGAAGGCCCUUGCGGACGAGAAUGAAUUUGUACGCGACACAGCCCUGCGCGCAGGACAAAGAAUAAUCACUAUGUAUGCAGAGACCGCAAUAGCACUUCUGCUGCCACAGCUCGAGCAAGGCCUGUUUGAUGACCUUUGGAGAAUUAGGUUCAGCUCUGUGCAACUUCUCGGUGAUCUACUGUUCCAUAUUUCUGGGGUCACUGGAAAAAUGACAACAGAAACUGCCUGUGAAGAUGACAACUUCGGCACUGCCCAGUCCAGCAAGGCAAUUAUCUCUGCCCUUGGACCUGAGAGAAGAAACCGUGUGCUAGCUGGUCUGUACAUGGGACGUUCGGACACCCAACUUGUGGUUCGACAGGCAUCUUUGCAUGUGUGGAAAAUUGUCGUUUCAAACACUCCUCGCACACUGAGAGAAAUUCUGCCCACUCUCUUUACCCUUCUCCUCGGCUUUCUUGCCAGUACUUGUUCAGAUAAGAGAACGAUUGCGGCAAGAACUCUUGGAGACCUUGUUCGAAAGCUGGGAGAGAAAAUCCUCCCAGAGAUUAUUCCAAUUUUGGAAGAAGGUCUGAGAUCUGAUAAGAGUGAUGAAAGGCAGGGCGUGUGCAUCGGAUUAAGCGAAAUAAUGAAAUCCACCAGUCGUGACGCGGUGCUGUUUUUCUCAGAGUCUCUUGUUCCAACUGUGAGGAAAGCUCUGUGUGAUCCUCUAGAAGAAGUCCGAGAAGCUGCUGCCAAAACCUUUGAGCAGCUCCAUUCCACCGUUGGCUACCAGUCACUUGAAGACAUUCUGCCGUACCUCCUCCUGCAACUGGAUGACGAAGGAAUGUCUGAGUUUGCCCUGGAUGGUCUCAAACAGGUCAUGGCAGUAAAAAGUCGUGUUGUACUUCCGUACCUAGUACCCAGGCUGACAAGCCCUCCUGUAAACACCCGAGUCCUGGCUUUCCUUUCCUCGGUAGCGGGGGAUGCUCUCACAAGGCAUCUAAAUGUUAUCCUUCCCGCUGUCAUGUCUGCUUUGAAAGCACAACUGGGAACAGACAAUGAGCAGGUGGAGCUUGCAAACUGUCAGGCUGUCAUACUCUCAGUAGAAGAUGAUGCCGGACAGAGGAUUGUGAUUGAAGAUUUAUUGGAAGCCACUCGCAGCUCUGAUGUGGGGAUGCGCCAGGCAGCUGCAGUUAUACUCAACAUGUACUGUGCAAAGACGAAAGCUGAUUACUCCGCGCAUCUCAGGAACCUCGUAUCUGGCUUACUUCGGCUCUUCAACGACAGCAACAGUGUGGUUUUGAAUGAAAGCUGGGAUGCACUCAGUGCUAUUACUAAAAAACUGGAUGCUGGUACCCAGCUAAUGCUAAUUGAUGACCUGCAUAGAGAUAUCCGUAUGGUGGGAAACGACGCUAAAGGAGAACAUGUCCCUGGAUUCUGUAUUCCAAAGAAGGGUGUGACCUCGAUCCUUCCUGUAUUGAGGGAAGGCGUUCUCACCGGGAAUCCAGAACAGAAGGAAGAAGCUGCAAAGGCCUUGGGCCUGGUUAUUAAGUUGACCUCUGCUGACGCUUUAAAGCCCUCUGUAGUUAGUAUAACGGGACCUUUAAUCCGUAUACUGGGAGACCGAUUCAGCUGGAGCGUGAAAGUGGCUCUGCUCGAAACGCUCAGCCUCCUUCUCGGCAAGGUUGGCAUCGCUUUAAAGCCUUUCCUUCCUCAGCUACAAACCACAUUUACUAAAGCCCUGCAGGAUUCCAACAGAGCCGUGCGUCUUAAGUCAGCUGAUGCAUUGGGAAAUCUUAUCGUUAUCCAUACUAAAGUAGAUCCGCUCUUCACAGAAUUACUCAACACUAUCCGCUCGUGUGAAGAUUCUGGAGUCAGGGAAACUAUGCUCCAGGCUGUAAGAUUCCUUAUUCAUGGCGGCGGAGGGAAGAUGGAUGCAACAGUCAGGAAAAACUAUGUGACGAUGCUGAUCGGGAUGCUGGGGCAUGAUGAGGAUGCCACCCGUAUGGCUUCUGCUGGCUGUCUUGGAGAGCUCUGUGCCUGUCUCCCUGAAGAAGAGCUUUCUCUGGUCCUACAGCAACAUCUUUUGGCGGAUUUUACUGGAAUUGAUUGGAUGGUGAGGCACGGGAGGAGCAUGGCGCUGUCUGUCGCCAUAAAUGUGGCCGCUAGCCGACUUUGUACUCCUAAGUUCUCAAGUAGCAUAGAAUCAGUGGUGCUAAGCAAUGCUGCAGCAGACAGGAUUCCAAUAGCAGUGAGUGGAAUAAAAGCGAUGGGCUUCCUUAUGAAACAUUAUAUUGAGGCCGAAGCUGGAAACCUACCUACAAAACUGUCAGCCCUCCUCAUUAAGUGCCUCCAGAAUCCAUCCAGUGAUAUUAAGCUGGCAGCAGAAAAAAUGAUUUGGUGGGCUAACAAAGAUCAUUUGCCUCCGAUGGACCCUCCGACCAUCAAACCAAUCCUUAAAGUGUUGUUAGACAAUACAAAGGACAAAAACACAAGCGUGCGUGCAUACAGCGAUCAGGCAAUAGUAAACCUUCUAAAAAUGAGGGCAGGAAAUGAAGUUUUCCAGGAAAUGACGAAGAUACUGGAUACUGCCAGUUUGGAAAUGCUGAAUGAGAGCCAUCGUAGGUCUCUGAAGAAGCUUGCGUCUCAGCCUGACUCCGACGAACAGAUUGAUGAAACUAUUUUGACGUGAUAAGGACAAUUUUAUUUUGACGUUUCACAUGUGAACAUCUGUUCACUUUUUUUUUUUUUUUUGAAAGUGCAAGAGGGUAAAAAAAAUAUUGGGUUCUUGAGUUUUUAAAUUAAAAAAAAAAAUCUAUUAAAACCCAUGUGAGAAGCACUACUCGGAACACCCUUGAAUCUCAUACCUAAAAUGUUUUUGAAAUGAUGCUGCCAAUCAAUUUGGAAUUCACUGUUCAAAAUGGCUUUUAAUGGAGAAUGGUUAUUGAGCUGACAAGCUGCUUAUUGUCUGCAAUAAAAAAAAAUCUACCAA